GGCUGUGUCCUGGCUGUUGAAGGGCUCCCCACCCGGCUCUUUGAAAGGAGAAGCGCGGAGAAGACUCUUCCCCCGCCCGCCGACUGGCCCUGAGGAACGGGCGCUUACUUAUGCCUCUGUUCCUUGUUUUGCUUUUACAUCUGUGAUGCGCCACCAGAAAGCCAUUUCUGCACCUGCCCCCGGCGCGGCUGCCGGAGAUGCUUCCCUUCAGCCAAUGGAGAGGAGCGGAUGCGGCAGGGGCUGAGCUUCCUGGGCAGGCCUGCCCCCGCCACUCCCCACCCCUGCACACAAAAGCAGCAUCCUUCGCUCUCUGAGAGGCCAGCCCUCGGAGGCAGGCCACGCAGCGAUGACAGCCGGGCCAGCGGGGGCCGGCCGCUGACACAGACCCACUGCCCGCCCGCCGGGAGCGAAGAGCCGUGGGCCGGCCACGUCGCCCUGGGUGACCUUCCCGGGACGCGGACUCCCCGCCAGCGUCUUCCCGCGAUGCUCUGAAGGCCUGGGAGCCCAGGAGUGUGCGGCACAGGCAGGGCACGCCUUUGUUUGCCAGUGACAGAAGCAGCGGCCACCCAGCUCUCCUCUAGGGCUGCUCCCUGCUUCCCGCCAGCCCCUCCUCCUGGCUCCCAUGGGGACCACAGAAGCCACCCUGCGGAUGGAGAGCGUGGAUGUGAAGGAGGAAUGGCAGGACGAGGAUCUCCCCAGGCCGCUCCCAGAAGAGACGGGCAUGGAGUUGCUCGGCAGCCCCGUGGAAGACACAUCUUCCCCUCCCAACACCCUGAAUUUCGGCGGUGCUCACCGCACGAGGAAGACGCUGGUGGCCCCGGACAUCAACAUUUCCCUGGAUCAGAGCGAGGGCUCCCUGCUGUCCGACGACUUCCUGGACACCCCUGAUGACCUGGACAUCAACGUGGACGACAUGGAGACCCCCGACGAGACGGACUCGCUGGAGUUCCUGGGCAACGGCAACGAACUUGAGUGGGAAGAUGACACUCCUGUGGCCACAGCCAAGAACAUGCCCGGGGACAGCGCAGAUCUUUUUGGGGAUGGCGCAGCAGAGGAUGGCAGUGCCGCCAACGGGCGCCUGUGGCGGACAGUGAUCAUUGGGGAGCAAGAGCAUCGCAUCGACCUGCAUAUGAUCCGGCCCUACAUGAAGGUGGUCACCCAUGGAGGGUACUACGGCGAAGGUCUCAACGCCAUCGUCGUCUUUGCUGCCUGCUUCCUCCCAGACAGCAGCUCCCCCGACUACCACUACGUCAUGGAGAACCUCUUCCUGUACGUCAUCAGCAGCCUGGAGCUCUUGGUGGCGGAGGACUACAUGAUCGUGUACCUGAACGGCGCCACCCCGCGGCGGAGGAUGCCCGGCAUCGGCUGGCUGAAGAAGUGCUACCAGAUGAUCGACAGGAGACUGAGGAAGAACCUGAAAUCCCUGAUCAUCGUGCACCCCUCCUGGUUCAUUCGCACCGUGCUGGCCAUCUCCCGCCCCUUCAUCAGCGUCAAGUUCAUGAGUAAGAUCCAGUACGUGCACAGCCUGGAGGAGCUGGAGCGGCUCAUCCCCCUGGAGCAUGUGCAGAUCCCGGACUGCGUGCUGCAGUACGAAGAGGAAAGACUCAGAGCGCGGAGAGAGAGCACAAAGCCCCAGCCAGAGUUCCUCGUGCCCAGGUCUGAGCAGAAGCCAGAGGCAGCACCAGAGGAGGACGGGUCUGAUCUGGUCACAGAAGAUCAGGAAACAAGCAUGUCCUGAAGCGAGUGAGCUCCAGAAGAUUCCAGAUGCCAAGAAACCCAUCAGACGCCCUCCAGCCCCGGACCUCACCUGCUCAUCCCGAGUCCCAAUCUCCUGCAGGUGCCCGUCUCCAUCCACCGCUGAAACCCAGUGUCUUUUCAGCUACUUCAAAACAUUUUAUUUUAUUAUUAUUAUUUUUUAAAACGACGCAUUAUUAGCAUGUUCUGGACAAAGACCCGGCUCUAAGCUCUUCCCAUUCCACUGAGGGCCCUGGUGACCUCUGCUCCUGCUCCCUGGGCCGCAGGACUCCUUUGCUGUCCCAGCUGGUUCUGGCCAGUGCGGGGCAUAGGCUCAGGUACCUCUGUCCCUGACCUAUCCAGGUUGGACCCACAGACACCGGGCUGGGUUUGUCCUGUGCCUUUCCUUCUGGAGCCUGGCCCUGCAGCCCUGACCUGAGGCCCAGCUCGGUCCCCUGCAAGGCCAGGCCUCGGGGCAACUCCCGACCUCCCACCUCACUUCCCACGUUCACACCCUGGUUGGCAUUUGCCCCGCCCCCGUCACCUCCAAGGACACCCUCUUUCCUUGGGGGACUUCAAGCUCAUUGUGUGAGAUGGCGACUGAUGAGCCUUGUCCGACUGUGGCAAAGCCCUCCCUGCCCCAUCCAGAACAUUCUCAAGUCCCUUUAACUCCAAUGCCACGCCACCGGGCAAUCCAACCAGUACCUCUCCUUCCAAGGGGACGAGCUGUGCCCACCUGCCUGGCCCUGGCCCUGGCUCCAGGCUGGGUUGGGACACACCGUGGGCUCCCCUCAGAGAAGCGGCUCUGAAAUGCAGACCUGGGAAAAGGAGGGUCCCAGACCGAGCUCCGGAGAUGGUCAGGGAAGAAGCCCAGUGGGGCGAGUGCUGCGGCCACCUGCGUUCCCAGCCAGGGCCUGUGGGCCUCCUCCAGGGAGUCGAGGUCUGGUGGGUGGCAGAUGGACAGUCCUGCCGGGCCAGACUGCACGAGGCGUCCGCAAGCCCCAGCAUCCCACAGAAAGUGGCCCCUGCAGGCCCUCCAGGCCCCUGCUGUCCCUCCAGGGCUGUGUCUCUGUUCUGAUGAAUCUAAGAGAAAGCCCAGCGGGCAUCUCCUCGGGCCCUGCCUCCCGCCUUUGCAGUGGGUGCUUAGCAGGUGCCAGCGCGGUUCGGGUGACUUGGCCAGGUGGAACGUCCAGGCCAGCGGAGGCGUGUCCAAGUUAGUCCCACGUUGUUGCAGGGAGCGGUGACGUUCAGGGCUGCACAGUAGGACUGCAGAACAAGUUGCGGCUCGGGACGGUGACCUCAGCCUCCGGUCCCCUGUGCCAGCAGCUCCCACCUGAGAAGGAGCUUCUGUGGGCGAUGGGUGGGUGAGCCGCGUCGCCAGCACUGCUCUGGGCGGGGCAUUCCUGGGGCCCAGCCCUGUCCUGGGGACGCUGGAACAUGUGUCAUGGGGGUGGAGAUUUUACAGUUGCAUUUCCUAGAUGUCAGAAGACGAGGACGGCGGUGGUGUCCUGGGGUCAGAGGCGUCACCUGGGGCCUGAGGCUGCAGCUCCACUGGGCGGGCCUCUGUCAGCUGCCCCAAGACCCUGCCGCGCAGGACUGUCCCUUGCUGCCCAUGACGGCAGCUCUUCUUCCCAUAGGCGCCAUGGGCGCCUGGCCACAGUGGGCUCUGCCAGGGGUCCUGGCUGGGUGAGAGCCACAGGAGGCCCGGAAGGCCCUGCGCCCACCCCAGUGCCUGGCACGUCCCCACAGCCUCCCUCCAGGUGACCUUCCAUGCCCAGCAGGGACAGCGACCCCCUCUUCACUGAAGACCAGGUUCUCCCCCAGCGGAACACAAGGCGCCAGGGACGCACGAGCUCGUUCCACCCACCCGACAACCCAGUGCCUACCGCGGCCGGCGAUGGGCGAAGAAGGCCCACCCGCCCUCCCAGAGCCCGGGCUCUGCCAGCGCACCCACCGCUCCUCGGAUCACCAGCAGCACAGGCGACAGGCGAGAGGGACGACGACCCCUCCUGGCCACAGCAGACCCUCCAGAGGGAAGAAAGCCCGGGCCAGGCAGGAGAGGGCACCCCCUGGGGCCACCUGUCAUUUAGACAGCUCCGUCCCCUCGGCUCUGCCCGGGGCGCACGGUCCAAACCUGGGUUUUGCAAUAGAUCCGGGUCUGGGGAGCAGCAUGGCCAAAAGGCAAUGAACCCCGAGGCCUCCUUGCCAGGGGACGUUGACUCCCUGUCUCGUUACCGGAGUGGCCGUUUGCACGUGCACCCUUACAGAGGCAAGUUUCGUGAUUUUUAACCACAGGAGCGAUCACGAUUGCCGUCGUGACGUUAAGACCUCAUCUCCAUGUGCUCGGGGGGUUACGUGACAUGAAUAAACUAACUGAGAAGGA